GCGGCGGGCAUCGGGGUGCCAUGGCGUGCCAGCCCGCGCUCACCCUCACCCUCCUCUUCCUCUGCGCAGAGGCCAAAGGCUUCACCCUCUGUCACACGCCCGCCGUGCAGACUAAAGUCUUCCAGUAUCGGAUUUGGGACGUCAACCAGAAGUCACUUUACCUGCGCAACAACCAGCUGGUGGCCGGGCACCUGCAAGGGGCCAACGCUGCCCUUGAAGAGAAGGUGUUUUGGGUCCCCAACCGUGCCUUCGAGCUCACCCGGCAGCCCGUCAUCCUGGGCAUCCAGAAUGGCACCCGGUGCCUGGCCAGCCCCCCCGCCAGCCAGCCCACCCUGCAGCUGCAGCCGCAGGGGACACACAACCCAGAAGACACGGGACGGGAUUUCAGAAGCUGACAGAUUUGCAGGUUCAGCCAUGUCCCACAGGUCCAGACCUGCCUGCAG